AUGUUCCUGAUAAAGAGAGGAUUGCGCUCAGUUUGCCUAAAAAAGUCUCAUAAAGGUGAAAUUAAACGAUUAAACGGAGGUGAAGUCCACACCGUGGCGGCGUGUCCUCACAGAGUUGCUGAUCCUGCGACCUACUGUCCUGCUCAGAAAAACAGAUACGAGUCGUGUUUUGGCAGCAGCGAGGUCAAGGUCUGUCCUGUAAUCAUUGACAGAGACUCUGGACGGGCGGCAGCCGAAUGGUCUACCUCACUCAGGAACUAUAGAGAUCAUGGGAACCAGGUUUAUCAAACACUCUUAGAAAACUGA